AAUACCAGCUAAUCAAAGCAUCAUAGCAGGCUCUUGUCAAAAGCUUGACAGCUGAAAAUUGCAGUCACUUUUUAUUCGACGUCAGUGCAAAAGGCAGUGGAUAAGACGAAAUUCACAAGCCACUUUGAGAACUUCAGACUUACGUUGAGAACUAGCAAUGGACAUUGGUGAUGGCUCUUGGAUUAGCUGGUAUGUUGGCCAGCCGACGCACGAGUUUCUGUGCCGUGUGCCGCACGAUUAUGUGCGCGACAGAUUCAAUCUGACGGGUCUGGAUGAUCUGGUUCAGAAUUUCGAUGAUACGCUGGAGGCGCUACUGGAGCCGGAGUUCGAUGCGGCGUUCGUGCCCGAGGCAGUGGAGCAGUUGUAUGGCCUGAUACAUGCUCGCUAUAUAAUCACUUAUCAUGGCGUGCUCAACAUGAGCGUCAAGUAUCAACGCGGCGACUUUGGCAUGUGUCCACGCAUUCACUGCAACGGGCAGUUCGUGUUGCCCGUGGGACUCACGGAUCACAUGGGUGAGUCGCAUGUGAAGAUCUACUGCGCCCGCUGCCGCGACAUCUAUCAGCCGCAUACGCGUUGCGCUUUGCUGGACGGCGCCAUGUUCGGCUGCAGCUUUCCGCACAUGUUCUUCAUGCAGCUGCCACAGCUGCUGCCCCAGCCGCCAGUGGAGAGCUACAUACCAAGACUUUAUGGCUUCAAGCUGCAUAGCAAGGCGCUUAUGCCCAAGCAGGAAGAGAAGUCAACGCCUGAAGCUGCUGCCGCCGCCGCUGCUGCUGCUGCUGCCAGCAAGGAGCAUAAGGAAAAUAUUCCUCAUAAUUAUUAACUUGCUAUAUUUGUCAAUCAUAUAUAUAUUUAUAAUAAAUACAGCG